AUGGCGCAACAAUACCCCGCACAGAAACCGUCACAACCCUUUCAGCGAAAGAGAAAUGGCAAUGGAAGAAACUUUAACCACAAUAGAAAACGUCAGCGCAACCAAAAGACACCAGCGGAAGAAAAGCCUAAAAUUUCUUGCAUUAUCUGUGCUGUAGAAGAACCCAAAUACAAAUGUCCCAAGUGUACGGCUCGAUAUUGUACUGUGGCUUGUUGUAAGAAGCAUAAGGAGGUCUGUCCUGGAAUUCCUGGGAAUUCUACUGCUACUAGUUAUGACACGGCAUCGAAAGCAGAAUCAUCAUCGAGUCCGAGUAUUCCAACAACGAGCAAAAGCAAGUACACGAACAGCUUGGAUAUGGAGCAGACCAUGGCCCAAUGCGUUGCCAAACGACAGGAACAAUUAGAGAGCGAGAACUAUCAAGAUGAUGACGACGAUUCCAUUGACGAGGGCUGGAAGAUUACAGAGGAAAUGAAACAGGCUCUAUUUCAUUCCGAAUGGUUGCGUGACGAGCUACAAGAUGGAGGCUUGCGGCUUUUGAUAGGACAAGUCGUUUCAAUUCCACAUGGACCCCGAAAACAUCAAGUUUUGCAAGAAAUCAAAGAGAGAUAUCCCAGUUUUGGAGUAUUUGUUGACAAGUUGCUCUACUUGACGGGUGUUUUGGAGGAGGAGGAUGACAAGGCAACAAUACUCUCUAAGGAAGUAUUGGAGGCGGAUUGGACAGAAGAGGGAAUGCGACCGACGUUGGCUUUGAAGACAAAAGAAAAGAAGAAAAUGCCUGUCUUUGAGCCAGUCUCGCAAUCGUCGUCGAGUGAGGAAGAGGAUUCAUCAGGUUCCGAAGAGGAUGAUUCGUCAUCGUCUGAGGAGGAAUCGGACUGA